AUGGACCGGCAAAGGAAGCGCGAGCUGCGCACCCUGAAUAUCAGGGCAUGGGAUGGGGAGGCUGAUAUUCUUGUCGUUUCCAAUUCACUCGAUUCAUCGCUGAAGAAAAAUACGGCCUUCAUCAAGCGUCUUCGGACCGCCAUCAGCCCCGCUACCCUAGCGACUUUUUUACAAGAAAUUCGGACUCUGAGCCUGCACAAGUACCUCUCCGAGAUAAUAGCCGCCUGCUAUGAAGGUCUUUGCAGGCUCAAGUCUCCCGGGGAGAUCGAAGCUGGCGUUGAGAUCGUGAGCGCCCUCCACCAGCGCUUUGGACCGACCGAGUUUACUGAAUACCUCGCCUGGCUGCUGGGUAAGGGAAUGGCUACUCCCGACAAGACUUCUCUCAAGAGUCUGGCCAUCGAAGUCCGCGAGAAAGAAGAAAAGGAAAGAAUCACCCGUCAGAGAGCCCUUCUGCGAGUCAUUACCGAGCUGUGGUUAGUUGGCGUUGUCAGAACCCUGGAUGAUGCCACAAAGCCUGAUGAUGCCACAAAGGGUGCUGCUGCUGGGAAGGCUGUUGAGCUCAAGAAUCGAGCAAGCUCAACCAAGGCUGGUGGUGCUGCCGAACCUUUCCCCCUAGAAGUGCUCAAAGAUCUUCUUGGCUACGACCGGGAGCAUGCCAAUUUGCCACUGCUCGUCAUUUUUGUCAAGUCAUUUAGCUGGGAUAUUUUAGGGGUCAAGCCCACCGGGUCAGACGGUCGGAAAACGGUCGAGGAAGAUGGUGCCACGAGUGGCCAGAACGACAUCGUACAAGUGGUUGACGAAGCCACCGAGUUAAACCAGACUCUAGAUCAGCAACCAUUCACACCACCCGAUAUGGCAGAGCGAUUCAGGAAAGUUUUGAAAAAGUAUUUUGACGAUGUGGCAGCGCAUAUUGUGAGGGACCAAAAGUCUAUCCAAUCUCAAGCUCGUCGAAAUGCCGAAGCCUACGUAAAAUCCGGUGAAGUGUUCGAGGACCGCCAAGCGAACUACGAGAAGCAAGUCAAAGCGCAGGAACGCCUGAUAUCUAAUGCGCAGGUCAUUGCUGAUGCUAUUGGCGCUGAGAUGCCCGACUUGAAAGAGUCGUACGAUGCCCUUGCCACCUCCAGUGGCUCGAUAGGCUUGGUCAAGACGAGCGAGUAUUUGCGAACCAUGGGCGAAGGUGCCGGAAUAUGGACAGAUGAGGAUGAGCGUCGAUUUUAUGAAAAUCUCGUCGAUCUCAAAGGCAAAGUCCCACCGAUUCUACUCGAAGACGGCAGGAGGAAGAAGGUCGACGGCGAGGAACAAGUUGGCAAGAAAACGGACGCUGCCUCAGAAUCCUCGGAUGCGGCAAAGGCCGCUGCUGAAGCUGUUGAAGAUCAAUCAAUGGCGAUAGCUAAUAAGACUAUUGGUGCUCAAGUCGAUGCCUUGUUGGCACGUUUACCAGAACUUACAAACAAGGACGUCAUUGACCAAACUGCCAUUGAUUUUUGCUUCCUCAACUCCAAAGCCUCUCGCAAUCGACUUGUGAAAGCCCUCACAGAAGUGCCUAAGGGGAGAAGCGACUUACUCCCGUCAUGGUCGCGAUUAGUUGCUACACUUGGCAGAUAUAUGCCCGAUGUACCCAAAGGACUUGUUGAUUACCUAGAUGCAGAAUUUCGAAGCUUGCAGAGGAGAAAAGAAAAAGACUUUUUGGGACAAGUCAGGCUCAGCAAUAUUCGAUACCUGGCUGAACUUACCAAGUUUGGUGUCGUACCUGAACAUGUUGUAUUUCAUUGCCUUAAAGUCAGUCUUGACGACUUUUCGCGCAUGAAUAUCGAAAUUUUGUGCAACCUGAUCGAAAAUUGUGGUAGAUACCUUCUCAAGAACCCCGAAACUGCACCACGUAUGGCCAGCUUUCUCGAAACUUUGCAACGGAAAAAAUCUGUACAGCACAUUGGACAACCAGAGCGUAUGCUCAUCGACAAUGCUGUAUACUACGUCGAUCCUCCUGAACGACCUGCUAUUGAGCAGAAGGAACGAACUCCAAUGGAACUCUUUAUUGCGAAGUUGGUGUAUAGCGACAUGACUAAACGCAACUAUAGCAAAAUUCUGAAGCAAAUUCGGAGGCUCCACUGGGAAGAAACUGAGGUUGUGUCUAUCCUUGAAAAAGUAUUUUCCAAACCUGGAAAGGUGAAGUAUGGAAAUAUUCACCUAUUAGGCAUUCUCCUAAGCGCCAUCUACCGUUAUCACCCUGAAUUCGUGGUCAAAGUGAUCGACAAUGUUAUCGAGUCAGUCAACCUGGGCUUAGAACAAAACGAUUUUCGAUUCUUUCAACGCCGAAUUGCAGAAGUAAAAUAUUUGGGAGAACUGUAUAAUUAUAGGAUGCUGGAGCACCCUGUCAUAUUUGACACCAUGUACAAAAUUCUCACAUUUGGAUAUGGAGGACCACCAAUUCCCGGUCGACUUAACCCAUUCGACCCUCCGGAUGACUUCUUUCGUAUUCGCCUCAUCUCUACGGUUUUGGAAACCUGCGGAAUGUUUUUCAAUCGAGGAGCUGCCGGCAAGAAGCUGGAUUAUUUUCUAUCUUUCUUCCAGUACUAUAUUCAAACGAAAUCUUCCCUGCCUAUGGACAUCGAGUUCGUUGUUCAAGACAUCUUUUCACUCACCAGGCCGCAAUGGAAAAUCGCUACCAGUAUCGAAGAAGCCACUAAAGCGCUUCAACUUGCCAUAAUUCAAGAUCAAAAGACUGCCGGUAUUGAUAGGGCUGCAGAAGUGGAUGACGCCACCAGUGGAGCUUCAUCCGACGACGAUAAUGCUGAUGUAGAUGACGUCGAGCAAGACGGUGAGGGGGAUGAAGAAAGUGCCUCGGAAGAUGAUGAGGUUGAGGAUGGAGAUGAUGAGUCUGCCAAUGAUAGUGACUUCAAUGAUGAAGCCAUCGUGGUCACCCGCCAGGAGGAAGUCGUUGACCCCGAAGACGAGGCUGAUUUUGAGCGAGAAUAUGCGAAGAUGCUGGCUGAAAGCCUUGAAUCUCGGAAGUUCGAACGCAAGCCACUGUUUGAUGUGCCUCUACCCGUGAGACCGAAGAACCGAGAAUCGUCGACGGGUGCUCCUCAGGAUCAGGAACCGUCUGCUCCGAACCAUAAAAUGGCUUUUUCGCUUUUGACAAAGAAAGGCAAUCGACAACAGACUCGCACUGUUGAGCUGCCAUCUGAUUCUACCUUCGCCAUCGCUAUGAAGACUCAGCAGCAGGCUGAGAAGGAAGAACAACAGCGCAUCAAGAAUCUGGUUCUCAACUACGAUCUCCAGCAAAGCGAAGACCAGGAAGGUAAGAUUGGCGAAGCCAGACCUGUCCUGUACCGUUUAUUACACUAA